GAGGAUUUUAUAAUUUUCCAUAAAAAUAAAAAAGUGUUUCACAAGGUAAAUGUAAAAGUUGUUCCUUGCGGGCGCAAUCAUAAAAUGCAUCGAAAAGAACGAGGUGACGGUGGUGUAUCCUCCAAAUAUUCUUGUUGAAGUUUGUUUGCUUGUCUGUCUGUCUUUCUUUCUUGUUUCUCCAACUGAAGGAAGGAGGGAGGGCUUUCUUUCUCCACUAUUCCACUAACAACUUUUCAUUUCAUUUACUAAGAAGCCCAAUUGGGAUUGGGGAUUAGGAUAAUAUAUACUCGUAUAUAUAGAGAGGAAAGGUGGAAUGGGGGAAGUGAAGUGCUGUGAGACGGAAUUUGUGCUGUAUUUGAUGGUGAUCGUGGGGCUAGUGGUGUUUGCAGGUCUGAUGGCAGGUCUAACCCUUGGACUCAUGUCUUUAGGCCUUGUUGACCUUGAGGUCCUUAUGCAGUCUGGUCGCCCUAAAGAUCGCAUCCAUGCCUCUAAAAUAUUCCCGGUGGUAAAGAAUCAACAUUUAUUGCUUUGUACACUCUUAAUUGGCAAUGCUUUAGCAAUGGAGUCCCUUCCGAUUUUUCUGGAUAAACUUGUUCCUCCAUGGGCUGCAGUUCUGAUAUCUGUGACACUGAUCCUGAUGUUUGGUGAGAUAUUGCCACAAGCAAUCUGUACGCGUUAUGGUUUGACUGUUGGGGCAACGGUGGCACCUUUUGUCCGUCUCCUCUUAUGGUUGUUCUUCCCUAUUGCUUACCCUAUCAGCAAGGUAUUAGAUUGGAUGUUGGGCAAGGGACACGCUGCCCUUCUGCGGAGAGCAGAGUUAAAAACUUUUGUGGAUUUUCACGGCAAUGAGGCCGGGAAAGGAGGAGACUUGACUCAUGACGAAACAACUAUCAUCGCUGGAGCGCUUGAGCUGACUGAAAAGACAGCAAAGGAUGCCAUGACCCCUAUAUCGAAGGCAUUUUCACUUGACCUGGAUGGAACUCUUACGUUGGAUACCUUAAAUGCAAUUAUGACCAUGGGUCACAGCAGAAUUCCCGUUUAUUAUGGAGACCGCACAAAUAUAAUUGGAAUUAUCCUGGUUAAGAAUCUCUUAGCAGUUGACCCGGAUGAUGCAGUUCCUCUCAGAAAGAUGUUACUAAGGAAAGUUCCAAGGGUUACAGACAACAUGCCUCUUUAUGAUAUCUUAAAUGAAUUCCAGAAAGGGCACAGUCAUAUCGCUGUAGUGUACAAAGAUCUGAACAAGAAAUUGGACACACUGAAAAAGCCCAAGGAGGCAGACAAAACUCAUAGUGUGGCAAACAAAUCAACUUCACAUGAUGUUGAUAGUGAUUUAAAGAGUGAUGGAGAUCAGCAGGCAAAGAGAAGUCCACCUUCAACUCCUGCUUUCAAGAAGAGGCAUAGAGGUUGCUCCUUCUGCAUAUUGGAUUUGGACAACAAUCCCAUUCCCAAAUACCCAUCAAACGAAAUCGUUGUUGGGGUUAUUACCAUGGAAGACGUUAUCGAAGAACUUCUUCAGGAGGAAAUAUUGGAUGAAACCGACGAGUAUGUAAACAUCCAUAACAGAAUAAGGAUCAACAUGAACGCGUCACAGGAGAAUCUUCUUGAUCCUCACGAUUCCCCAAUCCCAUUACUUGCUGGUUCAGAUACUACAGCAAAAUAACAAGGUCCUGUACUCCUGAAGCUUCACAUACAACUGCUAUGAUGCCUUUAGUUCGGUGGGCUUUCUUGUAGGUAAAUCUUCUACUGAAUGUAGCAAUCCAUACUUUAUGUAGUAAGAGUUCUGAAUGCCUAUCCUUCUUUUAUAUAAAUUUCAGUUCGUAUAACAAAUAUGGUGUAUUAUAUAAGAAUAGAUGUCUAUUAUAAUGUAAAUCAUUGAAUUCUUUUCAAAGGCAGAGAUUUUCUCCAA